AUGGCCUCCAACCCGCCCGGAAAGUGCUGCACCACCGGCUUCAAGCACGAAGGUGCUUCUGCUGGCAAGAUUGAGAAGGUCGCUGGCAUCAACACCUACGUCGUCUACCCUGAGAACAAGAGCACCGAGAAUGCCGUCCUGAUCAUCACCGACAUCUUCGGCCACGAGUUUAUCAACGUCCAGCUAUUGGCCGACCAAUUUGCCGCAAACGGCUACUUCGUCGCCAUCCCCGACCUUUUCAACGGCGAUGCCGCCCCGGUCGACAUGCCCCCCAGCUUCGAGCUGCCCAAGUGGCUCGCCAGUCACGGCAAGGACCAGGUCGACCCCAUCGUCGACACCGUCAUCAAGGAGCUCAAGGGCAAGCUGGGUGUCAAGCGCCUGGGCGCCGCCGGCUACUGCUUCGGCGCCAAGUACGUCGUCCGCUUCCUCAAGGACAACCAGAUCGACGUCGGCUACAUCGCCCACCCCUCGUUCGUCGAUGCCGACGAGCUCAAGGCCACCCAGGGCCCCUUGAGCAUCUCGGCUGCCGAGACCGACUCCAUCUUCCCCGCCCCCAAGCGUCGCGAGUCCGAGGACAUCCUCCUCGACAUCAAGGCUACCUACCAGAUCAACCUCUUCUCCGGCGUCUCGCACGGCUUCGCCGUCCGUGGCGACCUGUCCCAGAGGCAGAUCAAAUGGGCCAAGGAGCAGGCAUUUUACCAGGCCGUCGCUUGGUUCGACGAGCACGUCAAGGCUUAA